UCACAUUUGUUGUGUGACUGUUCGGAUGACAACAGAAACUGACAGAGAGAGAGAAAGACGGACAGUGUAUAGAGAGAGAGAGAAAGAUGCAGAUUUGCAGAGAAUGAGACGAGGUUAGAACAGUCACCACAGAGCUGAAACAUCAUAGACUUGUGGUCUUGUUGGUUCCUGAGGCUGUGACUCUGCAGGAGCUCAGCUGACCACGUUAUCCACCUCUUCUCACCUUGCUAACACUCCUACCUCCAUAAGAUCAUGGAGGAGGUCACCAAGGGCGCAGAAACAUCAGUGGCUCCACAACCUCUCCUGGAACGCCAGGUUCGCCAGCGACAGCCUGCAGUUGCAGUCCUAAAAUCCAAUUUGAAGAAGAGUGCAACCUGCUCUGUGCCCCGAGUUAGAUCCACCCUGACCGGGUUCUUCCCUGUGGUGCGCUGGCUUCCUAAAUACAAGCUCAGGGAAUAUGUCUGGGGCGAUGCGAUGUCUGGGCUCAUCGUUGGUAUCAUCUUGGUACCGCAGGCUAUUGCCUAUUGCUUGCUGGCAGGAGUGGAGCCAAUCUAUGGAUUGUACACAUCUUUUUAUGCCAACAUCAUCUACUUCCUCAUGGGCACAUCCAGACAUGUCUCUGUGGGGAUCUUCAGCCUCAUGAGCCUCAUGGUGGGACAGGUGGUGGAUAAGGAGCUGGUUCUGGCAGGUUUUGAUCUCAAUGAAGACUCCAAAGCGUCUGGUCUGGAUAUGUAUAAUGCAACAAUUGGCACUAACCUUACAGCCGGUAAUCUUCACAGUGUGGAGCUGUUUGGUGUGCAGUGUGGGAAGGAGUGUUAUGCCAUCAGCAUCGCUGCUGCACUUACAUUCCUGGCUGGCAUUUACCAGGUCAUGAUGGCUGUAUUUCGGCUAGGCUUCGUUUCUGUAUACCUUUCAGCUCCUAUGCUCGAUGGUUUCGCAACGGGGGCCUCCUUCACCAUCCUCACUGUGCAGGCUAAGUACCUGUUGGGUCUAAAGAUUCCCCGUCACCAGGGAUACGGCACAGUUGUUGUCACCUGGAUCAACAUCUUUGCUAACAUUCAUAAGACCAACCUGUGUGACCUCAUCACUAGUGCCAUCUGUAUAUCUAUAUUAGUGGCAGCUAAAGAAAUCCAGGAGCGCUACAAGAAUCGUCUAAAGAUCCCCCUGCCAACUGAGCUGGUAGUAGUGGCAGGAGCUACACUGGCUAGUCAUUUUGGGGAGCUGAACAGUCGGUACAGCUCCAGUGUUUCUGGUCACAUCCCAACUGGGUUCAGUCCUCCCCAGGUGCCCAGCUUUAGCUUGAUGCCACGAGUGGCACUGGAUGCCAUUCCUCUAGCUGUCAUCAGUUUCGCCUUCACAGUGUCGCUGUCUGAAAUGUUUGCCAAAAAAAAUGGCUACACAGUUCGUCCCAACCAGGAGAUGCUGGCUAUAGGCUUCUGUAACAUCAUCCCCUCCUUCUUCCAUUGUUUCACCACCAGUGCAGCACUGGCAAAAACUAUGGUGAAGGACUCAACAGGCUGCCAGACACAGGUAUCCAGUUUGAUCAGCGCCCUGGUCGUCCUUCUUGUCCUCCUCUUCUUUGCACCUUUCUUCUACUCUCUCCAGAAGUGUGUUCUUGCCUGUAUUAUAAUUGUCAGCCUCCGGGGGGCACUGAGGAAGUUUAGGGAUGUCCCAUCUAAAUGGCGGGCCAGCCGGAACGACGCCGUUGUUUGGCUGGUUACCAUGUCAACCACAGCUCUGAUCAGUGUGGAGAUGGGUCUCCUAUUUGGAGUAGUUUUUGCAAUGAUCUGUGUCAUCUAUAAGACCCAGAAUCCUGAGGUCUCUCUCCUCGGCCAGGUCAAUGACACUGAUCUUUAUGAGGACAUGGAAGAGUACAAGAACCUCCUGCCCCCACCUCGGGUUCAAGUCUUCCGCUUCCAGGCUCCACUGUACUAUGCCAACAAGGAGUCAUUCCUCAAAUCCCUCUACAGAGCUGUCGGGGUUGAACCUUUCUUGGAGAUGACUAAGAGGAAAAAGGCAGAGAAGAAGGCUAAAGACAUGUCCUUGAAGCAGGCCAAAGCAAAUGGUGAAAAAAACAACGGGGAGGUCAUGAUUGGACUCGUCGAAAGAGAGCUUGAUUUCCACACAAUAGUUUUAGACUGCUCUGCCAUUCCCUUUAUAGACUCUUCAGGCAUGGCUACCUUUAAAACGCUCGUCAAGGAAUAUCAAGAGAUCAGGGUCAGUGUAAUCCUGGCAAACUGUAACACUUCAGUCAUUGAUACCUUGCAGAAAGGACAGUUUUUCGGGAACAAUGACGAAGAUAUGAGCAGCCUACUAUUUCAUACGGUUCACGCUGCAGUCCUUCAUGCAAACAGAACGUUUGCAGCAGCAGAAAGCAGGUCAGGCGAUUCUGUAGUGUAGAGGACCUGGACGAUAAAAGGGAACAGAUAAAAUAUAGAGGUGUAUUCCAUUUCUCCAUCACCUUUCCCAUGUGAAUCUAAAUGUGCAGAAAUAAUGAUGAUGAUAAUGAUGCUUUGAAUCAUAAAGUACCCAAAAUAGAUCAGACACACAUUAUCUGCCUAACGAGCAUUCUGAUGAUUCCAUAGUAUUCCAUAAAUUUACAGUUUUUAUUUUUACAUAAAACAUUUGUAAACUGGUGCCUUAUGAUUGACAACUAGGAGAACUAAGCAAACAUUUUGCUGGAUAUCUGAUAGCUCGACAAGAGAAUGCCCUUCAACAACAUAGUGCCUCUAAAACACCCCCAAGAGUUGUGUUUUCAUACCAGUUCAAACUUCCUGGUUAGGCAGCUUUUUGUUAGCUUCUACAGCUUUUUAAUCAUGUCAGUGUUUCCAACAUGGAUUAGCUUGUUGCUAAAGCUAGCAAUGGUGUGUUCAUUUGUUCCCUGAUCAGCCAUACAACAGGUUGCUCACUCUGGUGAGCGUCCCCAAAGGCUGUAAAGAAGAGGCUAUGCUACAGCUAUCAAUUACAGAGUUGCUAUCUAGUUGUGGCAUUCAUGAAAAGGUAAACACUGAUGGAGUGUUCUAGCUGACAGGUGGAACAGAAGAGCUAAAACAUCAAAACGCAUUAAACAAAUAUUAUUCAAAAGCUGGAUGCAUAAGACCACAUUUGAUGCACCUUUUUUUGCUAACUGUGUGUGUCAUUUGGUCGUUGAAGUCUUUGGUAUUGCCUCCUAAUUUGUAACCAGUGCAGCACAGUGUAGCCCUCAGAAAACAUGUUUAAAGAUAUUUAAAGUGAGGUCUAUUGUGAUGGAAGCUGUUUUAACUUCUUUACCACUUGAAGCAGGGCCAAAGUCUUUAAUGGCUCUUUUCUAGGAGCAAAAAGAAAUGCCACCCUCAGCGGUAGGCCUACAAUCUGAGGUGCCGCCUAUUAACUUGUACCACAAUAUUAUUUCUAAGAAGCAAGUUGAACUCUGUCUAACUUGGAUAAGACAAACUCUUGUGGUGGUAAAAGAAGCUUUUCAUGAUGAUCAAGGUCUGAGCCCUUUUUCAGACUCAUGCGCAGAGACAGUCUUGAUUCCAGUCUAUCCUAACGUUCUGUAGGCCUACUCGUGUCCUGUUCCCUGUUGACUUAACAAGGGCAGCUCUCGGUGUUCUGAAGGUGUCCAUGUGCUGGAUGUGACAAACUCAUCAUAUGGUGCUCUGAAAUGUAUUUUUUGUGUAAACUGAUGGCAGCAGGUGAUGCCACAUAUAUAAUCCACUCACUUCACUUCCACUCUUUGUUCAAACUGUAUGUUAUUUGCAUAUUGAGAGCAGGUUUGGUUCUUAUAAAUCAAAGGUUUUGUAGUGUAUUUGUCUUUUUUUGUUAUGCUUCAGGUAGAAAAUUUAAAUAAUGAACAUUUAUAACUAGUAGUCUUACUUAAAGAGAAGUUGUACUUAAAAAUUAGCUUUUUUUAUGUCUUUUUUUAUAUGGUUGUGUCAAAAGACAAGAUGUAACCAAUCUUAUUCAUUUCAAAAUGAUCUUUUUGUAUUUUCAUACAUGUUUUUACUCGUCUUAAUUUAACCCAGAUUGUGGAUGUGAAUCAUAUGUUUUCUAAAGGUCUGUUUAACUUCAUUUUGACAUCGUGUUGACAUUCAACUACCAUAUAAAAACACUGCCUUGAACCUCAGUGAUUUAAUUAAACUGUCAAGUUUUUAACGAA